AUGAUCCGCGACGCAGACGGACACCCCAUCGCGCUCCCACUGGCUAAACUCCCAUCAGUGCCGUUGGCGGCGGAUAUAUCCGACCUCCAACGGUACUUGAGGCGGGCACCUGAUCCUCUCACUGCCCAAGCUCUUCUCCGCCGAUAUGUCGACGACAAUAUCACCGCCAACACCCGGCGGUCCUCGCUCAGCGCAGCCCUAGACACGGCCGUUCGAGAGGUCCCAAAAUGGGCACACCAAGUCUCAGUCACGAGGCAGAUAUAUAACCUCCCGCCAUAUGACAUUGAGCGCCGAACACGCGCCAAUGUGAGGAAAACGUAUCCCGAGUGCACGUGUGUCAAGUGUACCGCCAAGCCAGUGACACCUCACUCCAGCCGUCGAAAAAGGGCGGGCGCGACCGAGAUCGAGACCGCGAUCGAGACCGAGACCGAGAGCCAGAGCCAGAGCGCAAGAUCCAUCGCAAGAUCCAUCUCUGGAGGAUCGAGCCACUCAGAGGGAAGCGCGUAUACCCACAUCGCCUUCUUUGACGUCGAGGACCCGCCGCCGCCGUACUCUUCCACCGCCUAG